GGUAACACUGAAAUUUCAAUUGUGCGAUUAAAGAUACGUAAACACGUGCAUUGCUACAACGUCAAUAAAUAGUUUGUAUUUAGUGAAGUGUUUUUGAUCAAUUAAUUUUGUUUCAAUUUUUUUAUUGACGAAAUUGAAUAAUUAUUAAACAUGAGUAAGACUAAUAAAAACAAGAAGAAAGCUUCUACAAAGAAAGAAAAAAAGAAAAAUACUUUCGUACCCAAAUCUAAUUUAACUACUAUUAAAAAAAAAAAAAAGUUAAGAAGUAUCGAUGACAUGAAAAACAGAAAUAAUAUACCUGUUCAUAAAAAUAUUACAGUGCAAAAAGAAGCUAUUAAUAAUAAUAAACCUAAAAUAAAAAAAAGGAAAAAAAACAAAAAGAAACCGCAGCAAAAUAAUGGAAAUGAUCAAACCAAAGGAUUAGAAAGAAAAGGUGCAAUAAAGAAAAUAUAUAAUAAUCCUCCAUAUGAAACUCGAAAACGAAAGAAGAUAGAAGAAAAUACAGUUAAUGAUGAAACAAGUACCAAAGCUGAGGAACAAUUCGACAUGGACCAAUAUUUACAAGAAACGAACAAUGAAUUAUUAAGGUCUUUUGAUAAGGAAAAUAAGAAAACGCUUACAUUAAGAGAGAGGAUGAGGGAAUUACUGAAACCAUCAAGAUUUAGAUAUAUGAAUGAAGUUCUGAAUAAUAAUACUAGUACACAAUCUAAAAAAUUAUUUCAGGAAGACCCUAAAUCUUUUGUAAACUACCAUGAGACCUAUAAGCUACAAAUUGUGCGCUGGGCUUUAAAUCCUUUAGAUAUCAUAAUUGAUUCGAUUAAAAAAAUGCCUAACAAUUAUGUAAUAGCUGAUUUUGGAUGUGGAGAUGCAACACUUGCUGCGUCAAUUCAGCAAACGACACAUUCAUUUGAUUUUGUUUCUAUGAAUGACAAAGUAACAGCUUGCGACAUGGCUCAUACACCACUUUUAACAAGCAGCGUACACGUUGUUGUGUUCUGUUUGUCUUUAAUGGGAUCAAAUCUAUCUGAUUAUAUACUCGAAGCAAAUAGAGUUCUUAAAAAGGAUGGUAUUUUGAAAAUUGCUGAAGUAGAAAGUCGAUUUGAUAAUAUUGAUGAGUUUAUUAAAUUAUUAAAGAUUUAUGGUUUCUCUAAUACUUGGAAGGACUUAUCCAAGAAUUUAUUUUACUUCUUAGAUUUUAAAAAGGUCAAAGAUAUUACUACUAAUAGUAAUAGAAAUAAACUGCCCAAAAUUACUUUAAAAUCAUGUUUGUACAAAAAGCGUUAAGUAAAUAUAAUAUCAGUAUAUAUAAACAUUAUUUUUUUAUAACAAAUAUUAAUUCAAUAAAAAUUUCUCUUCCA